AUGGAUGUGCAUGGAUUGAAUAUUUUUCAUUUGAGUAAUAGGAUAGAGAGCAUUGCCCCAAUUAAAAUACAAGUAGUGCUAGGAUUAGGGAGUGGUUUAUUUGGUGCUGCAUAUAGUGGAAUGUUCCAUUUUAAAGAGAACCAUUUAAUUAAAACAGUUCUUACUUUGUUCUGUGUGUUUAUUCUAUACAUUGCAUACUUAUUUAUGCUUAGACUGUAUGUAUACAGGCCAUUAGAUAUUAUUAUAUUUUUACUUGCUGUCCACGCGAGAGCACUAAAAAGCAUUAUAGCAGCAACCGAUGCAGCCAAAAAAAUAGCCCAAAUUAAAAAGGCUACUAAUGCAAUGAGUCCGCAGGUAAAACCAAAAAUUCUUGAACCCAAAAAAACAAAAAAGUCAUUAUUAAGAUUGAUUUUAUUUCCCACAAAGACUACUACACCAAUGCCGUUUGAUAAAAUAUUUGAAGAAUUCGUAUUUAGACUGCUUGUUAUAUCAAAUAUUCAUAUAUUGUAUAGAUUACAAUCUAUAGAUGUGUAUAUAUUAGUAAAGGGGGUAUUAUAUGCUUCUUUAUCCUAUAUAACAAGGUAUGCUGAAUAUAAACUAACAAAAACCACACCACCUGGUGUAAUAAAUCAAGAUGGGUAUAAUAUAUACGCAUGGUUUAUAUAUUCUCUUUUUAUAACUGAAAUGUAUACGAAAUAGAGUAUUUAUACUGAAAUGUAUAAACAAUUUUAGCUAUAUUUAUGGUAAUAUUCCGUUUAUUGUAUACAUAAGAGUAUUAUUUAGUAAUUAUAAUAGAACAGUAUAAUAAUUAUAGUCCGUUAAAUAUCUAAGGUUAUUAUACAUGGCA